CGGUGCACGAGCUUCAGUUCCAUUCAUGAAUUCGUCUUCUCCUAGUGCCUCAAGGAGAAAAACGAAUCUCCUGCGGGGAAGAAAAAGUGCAGGAGCCCUUAGCUUUCUCUCCUUCAGGCAUCCAGAUCCUCUGCUGCGCUGCUGCGUAGGAUCAGGCUGCCCAGACCACUGGAAACGCCACCUUUCCCAAACCGCCUGGGUGGUCCUUUCCCCUCCGCCCGCUGAGCGUCCCACCUGCUCCCGCCAACCUCCGAAUAGGAGCGUCUCCGCAAAAGCGUCCACCAAGACGCCGGCGCGCAUCCAUGGCGGACGCGUUCCUGCUGGCUGGGAAGGCGCUGCUUGCGUCCUCUUUCCCUGCUGUAGCUAAUCAGGUCACGCUGGGGAGAAGGAGGAGGAACUGCGGCCGGGGGGAGGGGGAAAGGGGGGAUCUUUGCGCGCUUACUCGGAGAAAUGCGGCACUCCCUGGAGCUCCCAGCCCAACUGCAAGGGCAGACGCGGCAGCUACUCCUUCCUUUCCUGGGAGCAGCGCGGAGCGCGGAAGGGAAAGAGUUAAGCCGCUCGCCUCGGCUGUAGCCGUUUGCGAAGAUCGCAGCGUCGGAACAGCUGGUCGUGAGAAAGGGGACACGAAGGACCUUGGCUGGCUUGCUACACGGCUCUAGGGCGCCGGAGAGUCGUUGGUUUUUUGGGGGGAGGUGCGUGCAUUGUUUUAUUUUGCAUUUCCCACUGUCCCCCACCCACCCCUCAUCCCUCUCGCUGCGGGACUUCAGCGGCCCGUGUUCGAGCCCUGGAAAGAACCGGUGUGUGUGUGUUUUGUGUGUGUGUUUCUUUUUUGCACACGCGCAAGCACCCGCCCGCCCAUCCUCACCUAGACCCGGGCUUGCUCGCUUGCUCGCUAGAUGCUGCCACUACCGCCGCUGUUUCCUUCUCCACCUGAAAGUUUCCACCGUGGAAGGCAGCCGCGUUGCAAGCGGAGCGCGCUGCGAAAGCCUCGCGGGGAAGAAGCCAUCUCCUUGGAGCCGUUGAGAAUCUGGACUUGAGAAUCCGGUCCCUGCAUACAGACAAACAAACGACCCCCCCCCGAAAAAAAAGGCAAUUCGGAGUAAAAAGCCUUUCCUCUUCUUUUUAAAGGGUUGCCAAUUAACGAGCAAAAAAAGGAGGCAGCAGCAACUGAUUGGGGAACCUCCCCCGUCUUCCCCCCACGUUUCUUUUUUUUGGUCGCCUUCAUCUCGGGGAUCUUAAUUGUGGAAAACAUGCCAACAGAAAGAUAGACGUGUACGCAAGCCAACUUGGAGAAGCGGCGAGGCUUCCCUGCCCACCCUCUUGCCGCCGUCGUUGCCUGUGGCGUGGCAAUGUGAGUGAGGAUUGCGCCGCCGCUUUCGCCCUAUUUCUUCCUUCCCGUCGGCGAGAGAAACCGUGGAAUUAGAAGCCCGGCACGGAUCGCGCGUGUGCGCGCGUGGUUGUGGAGAGAGACCAGCUUGGUUGUGUUAAAGGACGCCGAGGAGAAUUCAGACGGCAUCCGGGAGAUCCUUCUGGAAACACUACAAAAUACAGAACUUUGCUUCUCGUGGGUCUCUCGAUGUACGUCCAAGCUUGAAUGAAGAACACGAAAAGUACUUUGCUUUACGUGAAGUGAGCACUGGAGCUGGGAGACUUGGCUGUGAGUUACACUUCCUCCCUUUAUCAAUGGAUUCCAGUCUUACACGCCUGUGAAGCUGGUGCCCAGAGCUAUGUUUGCUUCUUUAGUCUAUUGCAGCUCUGUCAGGGAGGGUUGAGACUUCAGGCUGGGAAAGGGUUUGUUUCAAGCAACUGGAACGUGGUGCCAUGAGACAGUCUGUCAUCCAUGACGCAUUGGGAUUAUCAUGAUCGAAUACUCCACUUUGAUUUUAACCAGUGGCCAAGAGCUUUGUAUGGUCAGCAACAAGGACCGGACUUUUAAAGACAGUAUAACAGGCCUGUGACGGAGGAUUAGACAACAUCAGUGGAGUCAUGCUUCACACAGCCAUAUCAUGCUGGCAGCCAUUUCUAGGUCUGGCUGUGUUGCUAAUUUUCAUGGGCUCCACCAUAGGCUGCCCGGCCCGCUGUGAGUGCUCAGCACAGAACAAGUCUGUCAGCUGUCACCGGAGGCGCCUGAUUGCCAUCCCCGAGGGCAUCCCCAUUGAGACGAAAAUCCUGGAUCUUAGCAAGAACAGGCUGAAAAGUGUCAACCCGGAGGAGUUCACAGCUUUCCCUCUGCUGGAGGAGAUAGAUCUCAGCGACAACAUCGUUGCCAACGUCGAGCCUGGAGCCUUUAACAAUCUGUUUAACUUGCGCUCCUUGCGGCUGAAAGGGAACCGUCUGAAGCUGGUCCCUUUAGGGGUCUUCACCGGGCUGUCAAACUUAACAAAGCUAGAUAUCAGUGAGAACAAGAUUGUCAUUCUGCUGGACUACAUGUUCCAGGAUCUGCACAACCUCAAGUCCCUCGAGGUUGGGGAUAACGAUCUGGUUUAUAUCUCUCACAGGGCCUUCAGCGGACUGCUCAGUUUGGAGCAGCUAACUCUGGAAAAAUGCAACCUAACAGCUGUACCAACAGAAGCCCUUUCUCACCUUCACAACCUCAUCAGUCUACACCUGAGACAUCUCAAUAUUAACCUUCUGCCUGCAUAUGCCUUCAAGAGAUUGUUCCACCUGAAAAACCUAGAAAUAGACUAUUGGCCUAUGCUGGACAUGAUCCCUAUCAACAGCCUAUAUGGCUUGAACCUCACCUCCCUCUCCAUCACCAAUACUAACCUGUCCACUGUCCCUUACUCUGCCCUGAAGCACCUGGUUUACUUGACCCACCUGAAUCUCUCCUACAACCCCAUCAGCACCAUUGAGUCGGACAUGCUUGCCGAUGUGUUGCGCCUCCAAGAGCUCCACAUAGUUGGGGCCCAGUUGCGUACCAUCGAACCCCACGCAUUCCAAGGACUCCGGUUCCUCCGGGUGCUUAAUGUGUCCCAAAACCUGUUGGAAACCAUUGAAGAGAACGCGUUCCACUCCACCAAAGCCCUGGAAAUCCUCUGCAUAAGCAACAACCCAUUGGCUUGCGACUGCCGCUUGCUUUGGAUUUUACAAAGGCAGCCCACGCUGCAGUUUGGGGGCCAGCAGCCAAUGUGUGCCGGCCCGGACAGCGUCAAAGAGAGGCCCUUCAAAGACUUCCACAGCACCGCCCUUUCUUUCUACUUCACCUGCAAGAAGCCCAGGAUACGCGACAAGAAGCUGCAAUACCUGGUGAUCGAGGAAGGCCAAACGGUGCAGCUACAGUGCAGUGCAGAUGGCGACCCUCAGCCCACCGUCGCCUGGCUGACGCCGCGACGGAGACUGGUCACCGCCAAAUCGAAUGGGAGAGCUACGGUGCUGGGAGAUGGCACCCUGGAGAUCCGGUUUGCCCAAGAUCAAGACAGCGGGAUCUAUGUUUGUGUGGCCAGCAACGCUGCUGGGAACGACACCUUGUCAGCCACCCUAACCGUCAAAGGCUUUGCCUCGGAUCGUUUCCUUUAUGCCAACAGGACUCCUAUGUACAUGACAGAUUCCAAUGACACCAGUUCCAAUGGAACCAAUAUGAAUACAUUUUCCCUGGACCUUAAGACAAUACUGGUGUCGACAGCCAUGGGCUGCUUCACAUUCCUCGGGGUGGUUUUAUUUUGUUUCUUACUACUUUUUGUGUGGAGCCGAGGGAAAGGCAAGCAUAAAACCAACAUUGACCUCGAGUACGUCCCCCGUAAGAACAAUGGCGCGGUUGUGGAAGGGGAGGUCCCGGGACCACGCAGGUUCAAUAUGAAAAUGAUUUGAUGGUUGUGUGCUGCUAGAAUUAUUAAUUCUUCCCCUGCCCCCCUCUCCUGUGGCAUUCUGACCAACCCAACAAGCUUGGUAUCUAGGAAUUGCCAUGCUAGAGGCUCUCGGCCGUCGCGGUGUCAAACAGUACAUGGAAACCAGGAAGACUAUCUGAGGUUGUACAGCAAAGCCUCUUGUUUUGAGGCUGCGUGUGUGUGUGUUAGGGCUUUUUUGCAGAGUUGGCAUACAGUACUAAUUGUUUGCAUUGCAAAUUUUUUGCCAUUCUGAGGAUCUCAGUAACAAACUGUCGGCUCAUGUUCACGGACAAGUGUUCAAAACAUUUUCUACCACUACAAAAAUAAAAAAAUAAAGGGAAAAAAACCCUACAGUGUAGGAUUUACAUAUUUAGAGAGAGAGAGAGAGA